AUGAAGCUCCGCCACUUCCAGCCACUCAACAUUCAGGGGCCUGGCCCCUUGCCCCCAGAUACUGAGGGACCAAAGACCCCUCAGCCCCCUGCGGUUGGUGCAUCUGUAGGAAUUGCCUUCACAUGGAACUGUUCACAUCACAGUGUGGUUGAAUAUCUGAAUAUUUCUAACGACAACAAGCUCCUCCUGUAUACCAGACCCAAGAAGGACUGGAGAAAACCUUUGACUGUCGAGUUGGAUUUUACUCUCGUCUCUAUCCUGGCAGUGGUAGAGAAGUUGCAAGUGAUUACAACUUACUUCUGGCUGUUUGUGAAAUGGAGAAAUGACUUUGUGUCAUGGAAUUCCUCUGACUUCUGUGGCAUUACCCAUCUCACUCUCCCAGCGGAUAAAUUCUGGAUCCCUGAAAUCUCUAUAGAAGAACAGGCCAAUGAAGAGAAGUCCAGAACCAGCCCAUUCCUUCGCGUUUCUUCCAGUGGAGACAUGAUGCAGCACCAGGCUUUUCACCUGACAUCAUCUUGCAGUCUGCACAUCUUCACGUUUCCUUUUGAUAAGCAGGCUUGCAACAUAACUGUGCUCUCCCCCAUGCAUUCAGAUAAGGAAGUGGAAAUGUCGAACAAAACGUUUUCCACUAAAUUGGAUGCCAAAGAUCGCAACCUAUACUUAACCAACGGGGAGUGGAAGUACAACAACAUCAUUGUUUCCCGUGAUACCAUGACUGGUCUUGAGAUGAACUAUAGUACGGUGACUUACCAGAUUUUUAUGCAGAGGCGUCCUAUUCUGUAUGUGCUGAAUCUGAUCAUCCCAACCGCUGUUCUCUUCUUCCUGGAUAUGGCUGUUUCCUUCACUUCUGCCAGUGAUUCUGAAAAGAUCAACGUCAAGAUCACAUUGAUCCUAGAAGUCUCUUUUUUGUCGCUGAUUCUAAAUAGUAUUCUGCCAGCAUCCUCAGAUGACCCCCCUAUAAUAGCAAAAUUUUUCAUGGGAGUUUUCCUGCUGAUGGUUGUCAGCCUCCUUGAGAAUUAUGUGACAAGGUCUCUGAAGGAGAUGAAACCUCCCCGUUGGUUCCUCAAAUGCGAGAGACUCAUUUCCUCUAGGAGAAAGAAGAAAACAUCUGAAAAAUACGUUCCUUAUCCUGAUGAGCAGAAAGAGCCCUGUGAUCAUGUCCUGGCAGGCAAAGAAGAUGCAGAAGCAGAGGCUUACAUCUUUCUCAGAAGUAUCUAUUCAGAGGUGAAACAGAUGAGGGAACAGCUAUUUCCCGAGAAGAGCCAAAUGGCUACCAAUGCAGAAUGGAACAGGAUCAUGGCUAUUACUGAGAGCCUGUUUUUCUAUGCUCGGCUGAUUUUCUCAGUAUUGUUUAUAGCAUACAUUAUUCUGAAAUGGAGGAGUGAAAUGUGACCACGUGGUUAGCUGUUACAUAAUAAUUAAAGGAAAUAUUAUGCAUUUA